GAGACCCUGAGAUAUUUAUUUUCACAGAAUAACUGUGGAUCUUAAUUUUCUAAAUUAUCUAUUUUAGAAGUUUUAGUUUUUAUCAAUUCGUAACAAUGCGGAUGACUUUUUGUAUCCUUCGACAUUUUAAACGUAAACCUAUGGUCUACGCAAUGCUGCGAAGGCAUAACAGUGAUGUGAAUCAACUAAAAUUAAACGAGCCAAAUGCAUUGGGUACAUAUUAUUAAUUUGUUAUCAAUAUCGUCUUAAAAAUUGAAGCUACAUUAUGUUAUAUAUUAGUGUAUUCUAAUCAUCAUAACUGCCCAUCACACGUUCUCUACUAAGCUAAGCGAAAAACCUCUCACAGAUUGCCACAUAUUUGUUUUGAAUCACCUACUUAAUUGUUUUUUUUUUCAUUUAAAUGAAACUAAUUUUACAGAUUUUAUCGCGUAUAUUAACUUAUUUUAUAUUCCCGACGUUUGGAGCACUUUACAGCACUCAUGGUCAAGGGACACAAGAGCACACACAAAGGAUUCCUACCAAUUUUGUCAGCGAGAUUAAAGACCUACAUCUGGCAGACAAUGAAACUAUGGUCAGUUUUGAUGUGCAGUCUCUGUUCACACGCUUACCUGUUGAAGACUGCAUCUUGAUUUUUACUAGAAGGCUGGAGGAAAACUACAUGCCCGUAGAAUAUGCAGUAUUACUCAGACACUGCCUUACAUCUGGCUACCUAUUGUGGAAGGAAGAGUUCUACAAGAAAGUAGAUGGAGUGGCGAUGGGUUCACCUGUAUCUCCCAUUGUCGCCGAUAUAUUCAUGAUAGACUGAGAAGAAAUCCCUGCUUACUUUUCCCGUAAACCCAAGAUUCUACAAGUGGUACGUAGGCGACACUUUCACAAUUCUACUUUAAGAUAAAGUAACUGCAUUUUUAGACCAUCUUAACUCCAUAAAUUCUAAAAUUCAGUUCACAAUGGAGUUACAAUUCUUUAGCUUUUCUAGAUGUGUUAGUACACUGUGUAUAGAAAAAAGACCCAUACAGAUAAAUAUUUAAAUGGUGAUUCUCAUCACUAUACUUCACAGUUAGCUACCAUGCGUAAAUCUUUGUUACAGAGAGCACUAGGUAUCUGUGACAGUGAACACCUGGCCGCUGAGCUCCAACAAGUCAAGCAAGUUUUGCACAACAAUAAGCUUCGGGUCCCACACCUACGUCACAGUGAACGAGUGAAAUCGGCCACAGUCGAGCGAGUGCCUGCUGUACUGCCAUAUGUCAGAGGUGUCACUGACAAAAUUGCAGACUUCCAUUAAAACAUACACUUACAAGCUUGAUUAUGAAUGUGGUCUCUCUUAUAUAGGACAAACUAAAAGAUCCAUAAAAACCCAUGUUAAAGAACACAUAGCUGAUGUGAAGAAUCGACACUCCGGGAAGUCUGCAGUCUGUGAACACGUACAACAGGAUCGCCUCCAUCACUACAUUUGAUUUGAUAAACCACAAAUCCUUGCUAAAGAACACUGAUUCCUUACAAGGAUUAUUUGUGAGGCUAUUGAAAUCAAAAAACAUCUUAAUUUCAAUAGAGAAGAUGGCUGGGUGCUACCAUCUGCUUGGGAUCCCAUAAUUAAUAAAAUUAAAUCCCAAACCAAGCAUACAACUGUAAGACCUCAAGAUACUGUAAGUUCAUACUGCGUAGAUCGGAACAAAAAUUAAUAAUUUUUAAUCUGGAGGUAGCCUGUGGUGGGACGUCAUAUACCUCAGUCCCCCCCCCCCGUGACCAUGCGUGCGCGUGUUAUAUAUACGCGAUAAAAUCCGAAAAAUUAGUUUUAUUUACAUGUGUAGUGUUCAUUAUAUUUUUUUUCAUUUCGUGGUAUUAUUCUUUGAGGAAGGCGACAAAGACUUCUGAGCAUACCUUAAGGCUUGUGUUCAGUAGAGGCUGUAAUGAUGAGAAUAAUUCUGUGAGUGUGGUCCUCGCUUGGCUGACCCAUUCAUGCUGCAGCCGUAAUAUGUAUGAAUGAAACUUUAAUAAAAAUAAAUGUAUAUGUGGAGUUAAGAAAUUAUAUGUUAUAAAAAAGAAUUACACCAUUACACACGUGAACUAUAAAUUUAAACAUCAUCACAUCAACACAUUUAAGCUCAUCAUACUUAGAAGACUGCCGAAACUAUAACCUUCUUACUGAAUAUUAUCACAUUUAAUGUGCAAAGAAAACAUACUAGAAUCACUAAGAAAACUUUGUUUAGUAUUCCUUGUCACUCCACACUUUACGGUAAAAAUAGUAUCUUAACACAAUUGCUAUUAAAUUAUAACAAAACAUUUAAUACCAUCGAUCCCUUUAUAGGCAGUAAAAGUGAUUUUAGAAACAAGGUACGUGCAUGCAUUUUGAACACAGCUUCUGUUGUUUAAAUUACCUGUUUGUAACCAGUUACACAGGAUGCAGGUAAGAUACAUUAUAAAGAACACUUACUGUAGGUAGCUAUAUAUAAAUAAUAAGUAAGCUUUAUAAAUAUUUUAGAAUAUGUAAUAUAUGUAUGUGUGUGUAUGUAUGUAUACAUGUAUGACAGAUAUAAUAUAUUAUGACAUGAUAUAAAUGCAUAAAAAAUUAUUAGAGGACAUUAAGGAACAUUACUAGAGGAGUAAAUCGCAUAUCAAUUUAUCAGUAAGGUUUAAUAUCUAACUGUUAGUAAACCUAAAACUACUUAAAUUACUGUUAUUUUAUUAAGCUGUUUUAAAUUGGUCUAAUAUCCAUAGUUUUUAUUCAUUAUAAUAGUACCUGGCUUAUCUUUAUAUUUAAUAUGUGGAUAACCAUUAUUGGCAUACUUGAAGUAAAUUUGAAAAUUGUAUUUAGUCAUAUACGCUGUUGUUAUACUUAUUGAAAUAAAAUAAAAUAACUUAUUGACAGGUUUUUUAUCUGAUACUAACUACAUUGAAGUGUCACCAUCAUGGCCAGCAGAGGAGUCAGAAAAGAGAAUGAAAGCUAUCAGCACUAUGCGCAUCUUCCCAAAUUUUGUAACUGAGGAAGAGGAGGCCUCUUUGCUUACUGAAGUUGAGCCACAACUCAAAAAAUUAAGAUACGAAUAUGAUCAUUGGGACAAUGCCAUUGAGGGCUACCGUGAAACGGAACGCGAAUCUUGGAACGAUCGGAACACCGCAGUUUUAAACCGCAUACGUGAAGUAGCGUUUUCUCGUGAGACAGUGCUGCUGCCUCGGGCACACGUUCUAGACCUCGCUGCCGCUGGAUAUAUUAAACCACACAUCGAUGCCGUAAGGGUAAAAUCAAUUCGAUGCCUACCUAUUACACAUGCACAAUAAUAUGACACAUUUUAUAUGUGGUAUAGUAUAGUUGUAGCACAAAUGGGUCGGCUCAACUGAGGAAACACCACACUCUCACAUUGACCCUGUUACUGGAUAAGAGGCAUUCCAUCUUAGUCCUCAGGGGUGACGAUGCAUCUGCAUUUUAAUUCUUAAUGAGGGCUAAUAAUAUUCCGUUUACCAGAUGUCGCUAGUUGACACUGAGGUAGUUUUUUGUUACACAAAAUCAUUUAAUUGAGAAGUUAGUCUUAAAUAAAAGUUUAUGAGUUUCUAGAGUACUAUAUUAGUAUACAAAACAAUGCCAUAGUUAUUUACUCUUAAUAUAUACAUACAUACAUACAUAAACACUCACGCCUGUCACCCAGAGGGGUAGACAGAGACUACGGACUUCCAUUUGGCGCGAUCCUGACACACCUCUCUCGCCUCUUUUACAUCCAUAUAUCUACGCAUACACGCUCGUCGGUUAAGGGUACUCCUAAUCUGGCCCAUUUAAACUCUUUUUUUAUUUUUCUACUUUAAUUAAUACCUGUGGUUUGGUUUAUUUAUUUUUAAUCUAAUUAAUAUGAAAUAUAAUUAAUAGUACAGAAAGAAACAUUAACUUUUAAAUUUUUCUAACAAAUUGACUUCCCCCCUAUGAAAUCUGUCAAAUAUUACACAUCAUUUUUAGGCAGAAAAAGUCAAAAAAUGAGUAAUGAAUAGAUGUACGAUGAAUAUGGGCCAAAACAACCAUUUGACAGGCCUGUUGGUCUAGUGGUUAGUGACCCUGACUGCUACGCCGGAGGUCGUGGGUUCGAUUCCCACCCAGGACAAAUGUUUGUGUGAUGAGCACGAUCAUUUGUUCUGUGUCUGGGUGUAAUUUAUCUAUAAUAUUUAUGUAUUUAGAAAUAUAUAAGUAUGUUUAUCAGUUGUCUAGUACCCAUAACACAAGCUCUGCUUAGCUUGGGACUAGAUGGCGUUGUGUGAUAGUUGUGGAAUAUUAUUAUUAUUAUUAUUUACCGUCAGGUGGAUUGUGUCCUCGUUUGUUUCACUUAUCCUAUAAAAAAAUAACCAAUACUAACAAUGUUGUUUUAUUAAUUAAAUAAUUUAUUUAUUAUGAUGAUAGUUCUGUGGCAACACAAUAGCUGGACUUUGCCUCCUAUCGAGCGCAGUCAUGAGACUAGUGCACGAGACGAGACCUGAACUUCAGUUGGACGCACUGCUUGAACGCCGGUGCCUCUAUGUCAUGAGGUAAGUGUUACUGAAUUUUAUUUUUAAAAUGUAGCUUUUUUUAUCCUUUCCUUCUAAUUAAUUUAUUUUACUUCAAAUAAAUGAAUUACAAUGUUCAAUUUAUUAUUUCCUAUUUGCUGUUAAUUGAAAUUGAAUUAAUCGUAAUCCCUUUUUGAACCAAUAGUUUGACUAUUAAUUGUUUAAUGCGCCAAACGAUCGAUCUAGGCCAAGAGUUCAUACAUUAUUAUUUUAUUUAUUUGUCGUUGCACCAACAAUAAUAUACUUCAGAGUGGUUAAAUAAAAAAAAAUGAGUAGCGUCACUCCUUAUAUCAUCAUAAUAAUUAAUUUAUACAUAAUAAAAAAUUAGCCUGUCUGCAGUGUCGAAAUAAAUGCCUUUUAUUGAGCUGAGGAAGUUAGUCGCACGACGUUAAAACAUAAAUUUUUAAAAAUUUUGUCUGUCUGUCCGGGCUAUAAUCUUUGGAAUGGCUGAACAGAUUUUAUAGGAACUUCACGAAUAUUUAGAUGAAAGUAAUGCCAGUAGUAAUCUAGGUUAUAUUUUAUCCAAAAUACUUGGGAGAUUUUUUUUGAGAAAUCAUAAAGUUAAUAAAAUAAGUGGUCUCUGAUGAAUAUUUUAAAUCUAAAUAACGCCACAUUAACAGACUCAGGCGAAGCCGGGACGAUUUGCUAGUAUAAAAUAUUUUAAUUACUUGCGACAAGAGUUUAAUAUUAUUAUUAUUUUUUUAGUGGCGUGGCUCGCUACGAAUUUUCGCACGCAGUGUUGGGCGGUGAACACAGCGUGUGGCGAGGGGAGAAGUUGCCGCGAAAACGUCGCGUCGCCAUCAUCUGUCGAGAGCGGCCCAGCGAUCACGACUGAACUACAAAUUUUAGUUUAUUUAAAACGUUGCAAUUUAUUUAAUUUUAAAUUUGUCAAUAUUUUUCCAUUAUCUAUCCAAUACAGCCUAUAAAAGUCCCCUGCUGUACAUGGCCUUUAACAUAGUUGCCUCACCCUUGGCAGGCGAGUUGACAACCGCAGUUUAUUUAUAAUUUUGAGAUGUUAAUUUUAGCUUACACCUUUCUAAAAGGCCGGCAACGCAUCUGCAAUUCCCCUGGUGUUGCGGUUGUUCAUGGGCGGCGGUAGUCACUUACCAUCAGGUGAGCCGCAUGCUCGUUUGCCCCCUCUUCUAUAUAAAAAAAAAGAUGUUAUCAAGAAGAUGCUGCUGCCCAUGUUCUGUUUCAGUUUCCCUCUGUCGCCUCUUACUACACUCACGGGACGACAUGGGGUAAAAGUUUAUUUUUUCAUCACUACUGCUUACUACACAAAUAUGUUUAAUAAUAUAAAUUUAUUUUUCACUUGCUAUGUUCCUGUACUAAAGACUAUGUGUGAUAGCAUGAUUUUAUUUUAUAUUUUCAUUUGUAAAAAUUACCUAAAUUGGGACACGCGUGACACACGUAGGAUUCUUCCGUGUAACCAGCCUACUUCAGACGGAAUCCAGUUCUCAAUCCAUAGAUUAUAUAUAUAUAAUACAUUUUAUACGUGGUAGAGCCAUGCUGCAGCUAUAUUAUGGUUGUAGCACGAAUGGGUCGGCUCGACCGGGGAAGAACCACGCUCUCACAGAAAACCAGCGUAAAAUAGCAGCUUAACGCUGCUGUGUUUCGUAUGGUGAGUGUAGAGAACCGGAGACCCUUUUUACUGGCAAAGAGGCAUUCCAUCUUAGUCCUCACGGGUGACAACGCAUCUGCAUCUUGAGUCUUUAUUGAGGAUAGAUGUAGAUGUCUAUGGGUCACAGUAACCACUUACCAUCAGGUGAACUGUGUGCUCGUUUGUCACCCGAUCCUAU